ACACACACAUACAAGCGCACCACCACUAUACGCCAGUCCAUCCUUCGCCGCUCUCCUCAUCACCCCUCCGCUCCUCGCCAACAGAUGCACCCCUCACUCCGCGCCAUCCAAAUGUGCCGUCCCCAUCUCCUCCAUCAACUCCCACUUGUUUCAGCUAUCGAACCCCCAAUCCGAUGAUGUCGCCUACACCUACGCCCAAAUCCUCCAACCAACCGCGCUCGCCCAAUCCCGCGUCUUCUUCCGGCCCCGCUACAGCGAGAGAGAGCGUGUACUCGCGGCGGCCCACGAAAGCGAAUCCGCUGAUUCAUAGAAAUCCACAGGAUGGGCGUGAGACAAGGCGGAAGCUGUUUCUGAAGAGGGUCAAGGAUAAGUCUGCGGAUCGGAGAUACGGGGGCGAUGAGGAAAUGAUGAGGAGGAUUUGGCUGGCUGAGGAGAGGCGGAGAGAGGAAGCUAUUCGACGCGAGGCUAUGGGGUUAGAGCCGGGACUGGAUGAAGAAGAGCUGGAGGAAUUUGGGAAUUUGGAUGAGGUGCUAGUGGAGGAGAUUGCGCGGGAGGAGGAAGAGGAGUUGGAGGCGCUUUUGGGACUUAUGGAGGGCGAAGCCUCGAAUACAACUGCGCCGCAAGAGCAGCAACACUCGGAAACUCCGUAUGGAAGUGAUGAUGAGGAGUACGAUCAUAUUUUUAUGGAUGUCAUUAUGGAGGAAAAGAUGACCGCGAGUCAGGAACAGUCACAGCACCCCGAACAUCCAGAUACGACUUUUGAUAUGAUGGAUAUGAGUUAGUACUUGGCUAUCACCCGUCUUCUGAUGAUGGGGUUGGGUGGAUACCGGCUACUGUUGGCAUAUUAUUGUUUCGAGCAUUGCUUGCAUAUUAGCGUCGGCGUUGUGGUAGGAUCUGAGGUUCAAUCACUCAUGGCCUGGAUGUUGGUUUAUGGAAUUUGAAAGCUUCGGCCAGUUAUAUCAGAAAGAAUUGAGAUUAAGAGUUCUUUAUUGUUGUGGACAGCCUUCUUCAGGUGCUCCGAACGCUUCUUGCGCAGUUGCCAUAUCUCCCACAAGAUCUGGGGGUGGAGAGCCAGCUGCUUGCAUCUUCUGCAUCCUCUCUACAAUAUACUCCCUGUCGGCCGCAUUCUCAUCACUGUAUGUUUUCUCCUCAAACUUUCCCACAAUUUCUCUAACGUAAA